UAUGAGGGUGUCGUGUGAAGCUGGAGUAUUGAUCAUACUUGCUACACAGCUUUGCACUACUCUAAACCACUGAAUCACUUAACCUUUCUUUCGAAUUUACGAAUUGAACAUCAUGCCUCGCAACGGAGACGGAUCUAGCGACAAUGGCCCCAUUGAGGGUCACGAGCUGCUUCAUGGAGCUUCUGGUGAUAAAACACUCCAACACACCAAGCACGUAGCACCCAUGCCCGAAGUCGAAGCAGGAGACGCCCUCCCCGGAAUGGGUGCCGGCGGCGCCGCAGCCCCCAUCGCAGACAACGCCGAAGAAUUCGGCGUCAACGAGCCCAAAAAGGACCCUCUCGACGACGAAGAAGACGACGCGGCCCAAGACCCACUCCCACCCAAGAAAGACACAUCCUCGAAGAAGCGCACAGAACCGCACCACGGCGCCACCUCGCCCGAGCGCUCGCAGCUAGACCAGAAGUUUACAAAGCUAGACAAAGACGAAGUCAACAUCUCGACCUCGUCGAGCAAAGGACAGGAGAUGGAUGCGCGGGCGCAGCGCGUCGCGGAUGCUGUGGGUAAGAGUAAGGGGGCGGGCGAUGAGGUUGUGAAGAAGAAUGGUGGACAUGCUGAUGUUGAGGAGUUGCAUGGUGCGACAAGUUUGGAGAGUGGGGAUAGGAGUAAGGAUGGGAAGAGUGGUGGGGCGAAGAAGGGUGGCCAGGAUGAGAAGAGCGGAAGUGGAAGUGGGAAGGGGGGUAAGGGUGAUGCUGAGGGUGUUGAAGCGCAUUUGGGGGAUAAGGUGCAGAGAGAGCAGGCUAAGAAGUUUGGUGUUAACCUUGAUGAUUAGACUGGAUAGUUGGGAUGUCGGGAUGUAGGUAAUAAAUACCAAAUCAGGUUGUAUGUAUUCUUUGUGCGGGGUUGUGAUG